AUGAAAGAUAAUAUUACGAUUGGUGUUGAAGUAUCUCAUAAUGAUUAUGAUACUAAUGGUGCUAUGAUCUAUAUUAUCAUUGUUCUUUUUUGGUAUUCAAUUGAAAGAGAAGAUUUCGAACAACGUCGUACAAAACUUCUUACUCAAAACUUGCAUGAUGAUUAUAAUACAAAGAAAAUCUUAGAAGAAUUAGCAAAUAAACAAAAUCGUCAUCGACUUUGGGAUAUGUAUUUAGGUACAAAUACAAAAGAUCGUUUUAUACAUGCUGAAGAUCUACGUGUUCGUCAUAUUGAAAAACAAUUAGCUACGAUUAAUCGAAAUCAUCGAAUAACAUAUGAUACACUUUUUCCUUGGACAAAUAAUAAUGUCAAUCGUGCUCAUAGUUAUUCCGAAUAUCAACCGGAUAUAAAUAAAACAAGAACUAGUCUCCGACGUCGAUCUUCACUUGAUCAACAAACUCUUGAUCGAUGGAAAGAACUAACUCAUCAAUCGAAAGUGUACGAACUAUUACCAUGGGCUAUUCGUAAGAUAAUGCUUAAAAAACAUUUUCGUCGUAACACAAAAAAGUCAUGA